AUGGCAUUUGGUUUGACCGAGACGAGAGAGAAACUCCGCAAUUGGCCGUUUACUGCUCAUAAGAAGCAGCCUUCUUUUCCUCUCACAAGGCACGAGUUGUAUCACAGGACUCCAAGAGGAAAAUACCAAAUUGUUGAGCUUUCGCGGUGCUUGAAAUGGAGUAUGAACCCAGGCAAACCAAAGUAA